AUGACUUCCACCGGUCUUGAGCUGUGGGAAUCAGAUGAAAAAGAACAUUUCGAAUCCUAUUUUAGAGAUAGGCUUUGGGGCACAUUGACCAUGAUGAAGUUUCUUAUUUUUGACAAAAAAAGCUGGCUUAAGCAUCUUUCCCUAGACCUGGAAACUGGUCUCGAUCCUCCAGGGAUCAAGCUAAGAGCUGCUCAGGGCUUAGCGGCCGCGGACUUUCUUGUACCGGGGUAUUGGGUUUGGGGGCCUAUAAUUAAAAAUCUCGGCUCUAUCGGUUAUGACCCUUCCAAUCUGUAUAUGGCAUCCUUUGACUGGAGACUAUCAAUAAGCGAUCUAGAAAAAAGAGAUCGAUAUUUUUCUUCUUUGAAGGAAUCGAUUGAAAAAUCAUUUGGGUUUUCCGGAACCAAGGCUGUAAUCAUAACCCAUUCUUUCGGCUCUUUGGUUUUUUUAUCAUUUAUUUCUUGGGUUACGGAAACAGAUUCCUCUUGGGUUGACAGCCAUAUCCACGCUUUUGUUAAUAUUUGUGGCCCACUACUUGGCGUUCCAAAGACGAUAUCUUCUCUUAUAUCUGGCGAUAUGAAGGAUACCGCUCAAUUGGGAAUCUUUGAAUCUGCGCUUGUUGAAUCUCUUCUUUCGAGAAAAGAAAGAGCAUAUUUGUUUAGAAGAUGGCCAUGUCUUCUUAACAUGCUCCCCAAAGGCGGAAGUCUCGUUUGGUCAGAAGAUCCUGUCGUGUAUUUGAGUAAUGGAGAAAAGUUGAAGCUGGACGAGGCCGUGCAAAAACUGUUAAUCGACUCCAAUAUAUUGCCUCCGGGAACCUCCAAGCGAAUCGCUUCCGCUUACAAGCUAAACAACACUAAAUUGUGGCCCAAUCCUCUGGAAAGUCCGCUUCCAAAUGCUCCAAAUUUGACCAUUUACUCUUUCUACGGCGUUGGAAAAGAAACCGAAAUCGGAUAUUAUUACAAAAUCAACCAAGACCUCUUUUCUAAUGGCACCAUUCUUGAAAUGCUGCAACGAUGUCAAGAUCCAAAAGACUUGAUCCAUUGUAUCUUUGAGGAAAUGGAUAUCGAGUUUGCAGAUUUUCUCCUACCCCUUGUUGUUGAUACCUCCUUUGAAGAUCAGGACAAAAAGGUUGUAAAUGGUGUAAUUUUGGGGGAUGGAGAUGGGACUGUGCCUCUUCGCUCGCUUGGGCUGAUGGGCGCUCAUUUCUGGAAAACAUCCCGACUAAAUCCAUUUGGCGUCAAAAUCGUCACGCGAGAAUAUCUGCACGAGCCUAUUUCAAUGAUAUUCCUUCCCGGAAGAGGCGGGCCUAAAACGUCAGAUCAUGUCGACAUAUUAGGAAACCACGAGAUAACAUUCGAUAUUUUGAGGAUAGUCUCGGGGAACGAAGGAUAUGAAUCCAACAUUGAUCCGGAUUUGGAUCCUGUUCAUAUUUCCCUUGUUAAGGGAAAUAUGAGCCACCUAGCCGAAGACAUCUCAGAGAAUGAGGCCUCUGGCGUGCUCUAUGAACAAGACGUUACUUGUGACUCAAAAUACCCCCAAAAUGCAAUUGAUUCCAUAUCGUGCUACGAUGG